AUGGAGUACUCUAUUCUUGUCAGCUCUGUUGAAAUAUUUCAGCUGAUACUGGUCACUAUUACAGUACCAUUAUACUUAUUUUUGUUAUUUUUUAUGAUAAAGGCGCAGAUUCGAAAAGUGGAUGAAUUGGGUACUCCGUUUUUCAAAUUAUGUAUAACCACUGCUAUUAUAGAUUUGAGUACACUUUUCGCCAAUUAUUUCGGUGCGAUGUUUCCAAAAAUGGGUUUUUUUGCUGAUUUUUAUCGGAACCUGGAUUACAUCUACGCUCAUAUCUAUUUUUAUAUUGCAUGGAGUACUGGAAUAUGUCAAGCUGCGUCAGUUUCUGUUCUGGCUACUAAUAGGCUAUCCGCUAUAAUUUUACCACAAAGUUAUAAAAAGAUGUGGCACUCAUCAAGACUUUGGAUACCUAUUUCUAUUCAAUAUGUUCCUGGAAUGCUCGUUGGUUUGCUAACUUUUUUCAACAAAACGACAUUAGCAACAAAUGAAAAUAAUGGUCUGAUGCCUCAGUUUUCAGACAAAAAAAUGACAACUAUAUUUUUCACUAUUGGUGGAGGAUUCCUCUUUUCCAACUGUAUCUAUCUGAUAUUUUCGUAUUGUUAUCUCUUCGUGGUUCUAAGAAAACGAAACACACAGUUGAGCUUCCUUUCCACAAAUGUUCCUAAAACUAAAGAAAAAGCGAGAAAAAGAGAACGAAGACUUUUCACAAUGUGUUCUAUUAUUGUCGCUGUUCAAAUGACAAUUCUGUUAUUUUUCAUCUUAAAAGUAGCAAAACUGUUUGAACUGACAGUUGAUGAGUUUUACCUUUUCUACAAUCUAUUAAGUGACCUAUUUGCCAGUAUCAAUCCUUAUCUCUUAUGGAUAUUUUCGGAUUCUUUGAGGAAAUAUGUACUCACUCAGCUUCGACUUCGGACCAAUAGUUCAUUCAACAACACUGCAGUUAUUACGGUAGAACCAAUUUUUAAGAAUAAUCAUUAA